AGUGACCGGCGCGCUAUGAAGCUCUUGACGGUUCUGUUGGUGGGGAUUUUGACAGCUGCGCUGGCGGAUCUUCGCUUCCCGCUGGUGGUUUUGGUUGUGCAGCAUUCCAAGACGGAUCCGACGUUCUCCAGCGAAUCCUGUCGCGGAACUGCUCUCGAUGACCACCGGAUUCUGACGGUGGCUUCUUGCGUAGACCGUUGGUCGGAAGAUGUGGAAGUCCUUAUCGGUACAUCUGUCUGUAAGGCACCGGAUCAGCCGGUAGACCACGUUGUAUUGCAUCCGUUUUACAAUCCGGAUUUGAAGACGAAAUCUACGGCAAAUGUUGCAAUUCUGUUCGUGAACGAGUCCCUACAGGUCGACGGAAGCUUUCAAGCACCAAAUCUUCCCGGAUCCAGCGAAAAGACCUCCGGAUCAGCAUUCCUAGACACCACUCCAGGCUGGCAGCAGGUUCCAAUCCUCCAGGAGAACGUCUGCCGUUCUCAAACCUCCAACAACACAACCCUAGUCCCGUCGACCUGCAACAUAACCCUCGGAAGCACCCUCCUUCAAUCCGGCCUAUCUCGAACCACCCUAAUCGGAAUGGUAACGUCCAUCCCGGACCAGUGUCCGUCCCGCUGUCCCCUGGAGCUGACCAGCCUCGGAUCUUUCUCCCACUGGGCAAACCACCCGAAACUCCGGCCUCCUCCUCCGUCGCGAGCUUCCGUCCAGCUGCCGGAAGUGCCCGCCUCAGUCAUCUUCAGCUUCCUCAAACUGUUGGCCGUUAUCGGAUCGCUCGGCGGAGUGUCCUUUGUGUUUUGCUGUGUCAUGUUUCUGAUCUCUAGCUAAUAAAUUAUCGCCCGAGCGCGAGUUCCCCGGGUAAUCCACUGCCGGGCGGUACGUUUA